AUGAUCGCGCCAACGCCCCCUUCUCUUCUCCUGCUCGACCUGCCGGACGAGAUCUUGAUCAGUAUCCUUGGAUAUCUGGACAUCCCUAGCCUGCGCAAUGCCGUCCUGGUCUGCAAGCAUUUCAACGGUCUGGCAGAACCCUUCUUGUAUCACACUAUCGAGAUACUCAAUGGCCUGCAAGCCGCCGCGCUAUCUGCAAGUCUGUAUGCCAAUCCACAUCGUACCACCUGGAUCCGCUCUCUCCUGGUGUCCACUAAGUUUGGCGAGGAUGAGGGCCUGAACACGUUGCCGCCGCACAUGGCCGAGAUGCGCAACCUUCAGGAAUUGUGCCUCGAGACUCCCGAUUGUAAUGCCAAGUUUCCCGACGAAAGGGUCGGUUGGGUUAACCUCCAGGACCGAUAUGAACGAAUCUUCGAAAGCGCCUCUGCCGUCGUGCCCCAGUCGGCCAGAGUCCUUCCGAAUCUACGAAAAUGUACAUUACAUUUCGUGGAUGGCCAGAAGGAGAUGUACUCUAUGACCAGAUACCCCAUGCUCUUUCUGCACCCCAACCUCCGGUCCCUGACCAUCUCUUGUGCCAGCACCGACUUCCCUGACAAGCUGCUGACACCAUUCCAUGGCGAUCAAUCGUUGAUCAAGUCCAUGAAUCUCGAGCAUUUACAUCUCGAAGAAUGCGACAUCUAUUCUCCAUCCUUGGCCAUCCUCCUCAGCUUUCCCCGGGCUUUAAGGUCUCUCAAAAUCAGCGAGGGCAUCCGCUAUGAUGGCAUCUUCACCGCUCGGAGCAGCCGUUUGCAUGGUAAUGUGACGCCUUCGUCUUUUGUGGACGCGCUUUCCCAGCAUUGCACCGACUCUCUUGAACACUUGUCUCUGGCCCUGGGAUAUAUGCGGCAGGGGUUCGAACAGAUUAAUCAGCCGGGUUCUUUUCUCAAUUUGACGGCAUUCCACGCUCUGAAGCAACUUGAUCUGGACGUUCGUACAGCGAACCUUGUUAGGGUGCGCGGAAAUUGCGACCAUGCCACCUGGAGAAGACUGCCACCUAACUUGGAGACGUUGAAGAUAUUCGGCAUCCCUUUCGGUGAGCGGCCGCCUUUCCGUGCGCGGAGACGAGUUUGGCUGCCCUUUGAAACUUGCCUUGUGAAGGAAAAGGCAGGUCACGGAGUGCGCAUGCUCAAGAACCUCGUAUGUUCCUACGAAUAUUAUCGAGAAGACGACGAGGACCCGCCCAUGAGUGUCACCGAUGAUGAUGACAGCAUCUUCGAGACUAGCCAAGUGGUGAUUUCUCAACAACGCAUGGCCGAUCGAUGUAAUGAAUUGGCGCCGCUUUUUAGGCGACACGGAGUGAGAUUGGAAGUCGAGGUCGUGGUCCUUCCGAAUGGCUUUAUCCCGCCGUAUUUGCACACUGAGGAGAAGCCGAAGUCGUAUACCUUUUGGGAAUCGGCUCCAGCCUGA